AUGGUACGUGGCGAAAAUAGCCGCUUUCUACACGAUCGUGGACGUGGACGAGGAUUUCAUCAACGAGGACGCCCACGCCGACAUACAUUUACUGCGGAAACGUUUCGCAAGAAGUUUGAAGAAAGUCACUAUGCGCGAGGUGGAUCAAAACAGGAUCCGCUUAACUUGAAUGGGCUCGAAGCUGAUCCCCAAGAAGCAUGCUCGGCACCUCAGCAACUCGAUGUUUCGCACUCGGACACAGAAGAAAAUUCCUCAUUUCUUCCCAAGAACAAGCGCGAUCCGCUUAAUUUGAAAAGCAUCGGGAAAGAGAAAAAGAAGCGCCAAAGAGAUCGGGACCGUUCACGUUCACAAUCGCCAAUUCCCGCAAAACUGGCGAAAGCUGAUUCGAGCCAAGAAGUUCCAAGUGGUAAAAGUGAGGAGCAAAAAGAGGCUGGGGAUAACGCGGUUGAUCAGAUUGAAAAAGAGAAGACAGCAAAAGACAAAAAGGAGUUUUUCAAUAAGAAGUAUUGUUAUGGAAACUUUGAUCGAUAUUAUGGUAUUCGUUUGGAUGCUGGGCAACGAGACAGUCGCUUGGAAGUAUUACGCAAAGAGUGGUUCGAAAAGAAGACUAUUUUGGACAUUGGUUGCAACGUUGGAUUAAUUACCAUAGCCAUCGCCAAAGAUUAUGCGCCUCGCCGAAUUCUUGGAAUUGAUAUUGAUGAUCACCUAAUUGGUGUUGCUCGAAAAAAUAUUCGUCAUUAUUGCGACGAAUCGAUUGAGAUUAAAGGCAAAUAUCCCGCUUCAUUUUCGCAGCAGUUUGGCCCAGUUGCUCACUUGCCAACCACUUUCAAGACAAAGUUCCCUGAUAAUGUAUGGUUUCGUCGGGAGAAUUAUGUGCUCCAAAGUGAUGAGCUACUUGAAACGAUUCAAGAAGAAUUCGAUGUCAUCAUGGCAUUGUCAAUUACUAAAUGGAUUCAUUUAAAUUGGGGUGAUGAUGGAAUUAGACGCUUCUUCCUCCGCGCUUUUCGCCAAUUGAGGCCCGGCGGUCGUUUGAUUUUGGAAGUUCAACCGUACACCAGUUAUCGCAAACGUUCGGUUAUGACUGAAGCCCAUCGCGAGAACUACCGUCGAAUUGAAUUUCGUCCAUCCGAUUUUGAGAUGUAUUUGCUGGAAACUGUUGGCUUUGAAUCUGUUGAACACGUAGAACCUCCCUCUGCGAAAACUAAAGGUUUCCAACGCCCAAUAAAUGUUUACAUAAAGAAAGGACCUAAUUCGAUCUCCAGUGAGAAAGCUUCGGAAAGCACUCCGACUUGGACAACCCCCAUUGCAACGCCAACUCUUGGUGCAACUCAAACCCCAUCAACCGGCGCCGAAUUGACGGAUAUUUCGCCUGCUUAUAAAAGUUCUGAUGUUGCUUCUGCG